AUGGAGGAGAACAAAAGAAAAGCAAUGAAUGAAAAAGAUCCUUUAAAGAAACAAAAGAUUUUAGAAGAAAUCGAAUCUGAUGGCAAGUUACUUCAACAAAAAUAUCAAGAGCAUCAAGAACACUCGAACAAAUUCCGAUUUGACCCUAGUAAGCAUGUUUCGGACAUAAUUGACAGAAUAAAAAAAGCCAUUGAAAAAAGUUUAAAUAAACCUCGUGGCGAUGGAAGUGAUCCAGAUAAACCAGGAAGACCUAAUAAGCCUAAUAAACCUGAUGGUAAUGAUCCAUUUGGUGGUGAUGGCUAUGGCAGUUUGCCGGAUGGAAGUAGUUCUAAUCGCAUUCCUCGCCCAAGAAAGCCUAGUCAAUCCGAAAAUAAUCAACAAUUAAUCAUCAUCGUGGCAGUUGCUACCAAAAUAAAGCCCAGAAACCCGGCAGUAACUCAGGCUAAAAAAGCCAAAAAACAAAAGCAGGCUACCUUGCUAAUUGCCCUAGCACUAAUCGGCGGCUUAGCCUAUUACUUUUUCGGUUAUUUACCGGAAGAGAGAACCAAAGCCAAAGAAGAAAUUACCGAAAUGUUCAGAGAUAAUUGGAACGUAACCGCAGAUAAGUUAGAUAAAACCCUUUGA